UAGUAUUAUAUAUUAUACUAUACAAAAUCUGAUCUGAUCUGAUCUGAUCUGAUCACCACUCAUCGAUCUUUGCCAUCUGCCCCAAUCUCCUCUUCAUCAAUUCCCAAUUCCAAUUAACCCAAAUUUUAAGAGAAAAAAAAUAAACAAAGAGAAAGCAAAGAUGAACGAUGCAGAUGUAUCAAAGCAGAUUCAGCAGAUGGUUAGAUUCAUCCGCCAAGAAGCCGAGGAAAAAGCCAACGAGAUCUCCGUUUCCGCUGAAGAAGAAUUCAACAUUGAGAAGUUGCAAUUAGUGGAGGCCGAGAAAAAGAAGAUCCGGCAAGAGUAUGAGCGUAAACAGAAACAAGUCGAAGUUCGUAAGAAAAUUGAAUAUUCCAUGCAGCUCAAUGCUUCUCGUAUCAAGGUUCUUCAAGCACAGGAUGACUUGGUUACUGCCAUGAGAGAGACAGCAUCAAAGGAUCUUUUGAAUGUCAGCCAUCAGAAGUUUCAACACCAUCAUAACUAUGAAGGACUGAUGAAAUCUCUCAUUGUCCAGGGUUUGCUGAGACUUAAAGAACCAUCUGUGUUAUUGCGUUGCCGGAAAGAAGAUGAGCAUGUUGUCCACUCUGUUUUGCAUGCAGCAAAGGCAGAAUAUGCAGGGAAAACACAUGUUCAUGAACCCGAGAUCAUAGUGGACACGAUACACCUUCCAUCUGCCCCUUCCCAUAAGGAUCCUCAUGCUCUUUCUUGCUCCGGAGGUGUAGUUUUGGCUUCCCGGGAUGGUAAAAUUGUGUUUGAAAACACACUUGAUGCUCGUUUGGAUGUUAUAUUCCGUGGGAAACUUCCAGAGAUCCGCAGGCUAUUGUUUAGCCAGGUAGCUGCAUAAUUGGUGAUAUUGUGCAUCAAUCUAUUCAUUCCAAGUUUGUCGGCAUUUAUGAGAGGAAUCAGCGUUGGAUGGUUGUCAGUAUAAUUUGUGUUUAAAUAUUUAUGUCAUUGUAAGUCUGCUUAGUAGACAUGCCGCGGCCAUGGCAAAAGACAGCAUCCCAUUUGUUUGAAUAAAGAAAAUGUUGCAUGUUAUAUCCUAUAUUCCUAUGUAUUCUUUUGUUAAGAGGCUUCGUCACUUUUGACCCUUUUUGCUCGUGAAAAUGUAAUCUUUAAACCUUCUUUGGACCUUA